CUUUGGAACAGACGUCGACCAGCAUGUCUCUCGUGGAUGCUGCACAGAAGGCUGAGUCGACUCAGGCGUUCAGCCACAUACCAGUGAUAGAUCUUAAUGAUGUGUCGAGCAAGGACCCAGCGGUGCGCAAGGCACUAGCCGAUACUGUGAGAGAUGCUUGCAUGAACGUCGGAUUCUUCUACGUGGCGAACCAUGGCAUCCCCGAGACAUCGAUCGCGCAGGCGCUCGCCUCGACCAAGGGGUACUUCUCGCUGCCUCUAGAACAGAAGAUGGAGCUUGAAAACAAGAAGACUCCGAACUUCAAAGGCUACAACCCAGUCCGAAGCAGCCGCAACGACCCGCUCAGCGACGGGGAUAUGCAUGAAGGCUUCGAGUUUGGAUGGGAGGCGUUGGAAGCGGACAACUACGAUGGGAGACGGGCGAAAGAUGGUGCGAUGGCGGGGGCGAACGUCUGGCCUCGAGAACCGGCGGGCUUCCGUGAGGCAGCCCUGACAUACUACCAUGAUGCUGUCGCUCUGGGCAAGAACCUCUUUCCGCUGUUUGCUCUGGCGCUGGAUUUGCCGGAGGACUUCUUCGACGAUAAGACGAAGAACGCGGCUGCACUCAUGCGUGUGCUACACUAUCCACCACAAACAGGACCGGUCGACGAUCGGGUCGUGGGUAUCGGCGCGCAUACAGACUGGGAGUGCUUCACCAUACUAUGGCAAGAGCCAGGCAUACAAGCGCUACAAGUGCUAAACAGAGAGAAGCAAUGGAUCGACGCGCCGCCCCUUCCUGGGACGCUGGUCAUCAACCUCGGAGACCAGUUCGCACGCUGGACGAAUGACGUGUUCAAGUCGACUGUGCACCGCGCCAUCAACAGGAGCGGCGCCCGUCGGUACUCAAUUCCUCUCUUCUUCGGGACGGACUACGACGUGAAGCUGGAGCCGAUAUCUAGCUGCGUCUCGCCUGACCGGCCGCCCAAGUAUGAGGUGGUUACGGCUGGCGACUACGUCAAGUCAAGGUUGCAAGCCACCUAUGGUCACUGAUCAAUCACAUACUACAGUACAUGAAAGCCAAUGCGUUGUCUGACAUACUCGUGAGUAUAGCGUACCUUAUGAAGGUCCAUCAUAUACGUGUUCGUAACCCGAGUAUACUUGUAUAUGAUCGCCUUCCCUAGCUUAAAGAGGUCGUGAUUCUGGCCUGCCCAUCGGAGACCCUUUCGGAUAUCGACAGACUCAUCUGCUACUUGCUUCGACGGAGACACUGGCAUUGGAGCGGUCUGAUCUAUUCGCACCGCAGAAGCUGAACCAGUCAUGACUCUAUGUCCCAAUCACUCGUUUCAUGAAGCUUUGGCCAUCCAAGCUUUGGACAGUAGGUCCUCCAACUCCUGGUUCAUCCCUGAGGAAGUACAAGAGUGGCCCUGCACCACUGAGGUGGAGAACUCCUGCGAGUGCAGCAUG